AUGAAUCUUCGAAGUCUACUUGUUCUGUCCUCUCUUUCGGGGGCAGCUGCCUUUGCUCCGUCUUCGCCGGUGCGCACUGGCUUGUCGUUUCCUUCUACGAUUCAGGUUUCGCCUCUUGAGAGAGCUUCAACCUCUGGGUCUUCGACACCCCUGAACCUGUUCAAAGUUUUUGAAGAUAAGGAAGCCGAGGAAAAGGAAGCAACUUUGCCAACGCUAGUGGAGCAGUCUUCCAGACUUUCCCUGGAGGGUGACUGGGUGGACGAGUCCAAAAAGGUGGAGAUCAUCUUGCUCACCGUUUGGAUGGUUUCACUCAGCGCAUUCAUCUUGAUCAAUAACUCUGUCGGUCCCUGGCCUGCGGUUAUGAAGACGGUACCGGAGAGAGUCUUCUUUUUGAGCCACAUGGUCGGCGGUAUGCUUUUUGGUGGUGGAAUUAUUUUGACAACAUGCAUCGAACGGCUUGUUGCCAAGAGUGCAAAUGCUCCUGUCCUACAAUUCUGGUUUGAUAAGGUUCCUUUGUUGGAUGGUUUGAUUGUUGUCCCUGCGUUGACUGUUUCAAUGAUUUCGGGAACCGGAUUGACCAUUGUAAGAUACGGAGGAUUGAAUAUCGCCCCUCCCCACGUGGAUGCCAUUUUUUGGACGUUGAUUGCUUUCAUGGUAUGGUGGGCCGUAACCGACUUGACCACUCAAGGAACCGCUCUCCAAGCCGUGAACGAAAUGUACGAUGAAUUCCAAGGUGGUGAGGAAGACUUGGACACCCCCAAGGUGGUGCUAGAUCGUCAUGUGAGCAACGUGGUAUCAUGUUUCUUUGUUUUGGCGCUCUAUUCAGUGAUGGUCCUGAAGCCCGGAACACUUUUCCCUUUCCCUUGGAAUGCGUAA